AUGCAGUUCUCUACCCUCACCACUGUUUUGGCCGUCCUGGCUGCCGCUGUUCCUGCCAUUGCCGCUCCCGCGGCUGAGAUCUUGGAGCAACGCUGCACCGUUGGUGGAAAGCCCUGCACCAGCAACGGCGACUGCUGCUCUGGACACUGCCAGAUCACCAUUGCCGCCACCUUCUGCUCCAACUAA